AUGGAAUCCACCCUGAAUCGAGUUGUGGAGGAUAGAAUUCACCAGGAGGGACAGGCGAUGCAGCAUGAUUCGAUGGUUACAGUGCGACUUUCCGAACCGCCAAUUUUGACACUCGACACGAAGAGACAUUCCGACAAGAUCAUUCCAAAUGAGGAAUUGGAGACGAGCGAGGAGAUAAAUACUCCUACCGACAAGAGGCAGACGAUAAUGAGUAUAAUGGAUGUAACAGGGAAGGAUACGGACACUGGCAGUCUCGAAGACUCGCCGAGAAUUACAAUGGUAGAUCCAAAUGGCAAUGAAGUGCCCACACCUACAGGUUCGGAAUCAGCAGAGUCGGAACAAAAUGCUUCGAGGAGGACAAGUGAUAGCUCUGAUACAUCAGUAGAGGAGGUCAACUGGGAGGAGUUGGAAAAGACAGAGGAACAACAGCCCAGAAACCAGGAUUCUGAUGAUUCCACAGCUUUGCUGCUAGCCAGGCUUGAGCAAGAAAACAAUGCGAUCGCCUCGAACCCGAAGUCUGGCAUCGCAAAAGUUCAGAAGGUUGAGAAACAACGAGCUCGAGCUCAAUCCCGACCGCCAUCUAUACAACAUCUCAAAAAAUUGGUCAAUGGCCCUACUCCCUCAGCGCUUCGAUACUCCGUCACUCCUCCACCCCCCAUGACCGACCUCGAAUUUUACGCCGCGCUUGUACAAGACUACCCAAGAACUGCUCAAUAUUUACCUACACUAUUGUCGAAGAAGAUUAGAAGUGGUAUUCCCCCGCCACUGCGAGGUGUAGUAUGGCAGAGUAUGUCAGGAGCCCGCGACAGGCUAUUGGAGGAGCAAUUCGAUAGACUCUGUGGCGAGUCAAGUCCAUAUGAAGGAAUUAUUGGCAAAGAUCUGGGACGAAGCUUUCCUGGUGUCGAGAUGUUUCGCGAUCCGGAGGGAGAUGGACAGCGCAUGUUGGGAAGAGUUCUUAAAUGCUUCAGUUUAUACGAUCACAAAAUUGGGUAUUGUCAAGGAUUGGGAUUUCUUGUUGGACCUUUAUUGAUGCACAUGGGGGAUAAGCAAGCAUUCUGUGUGCUCGUACGUCUCAUGGAACAUUACGACCUACGAAAUUGCUUCCUCCCUGACCUCUCCGGUCUCCACGUUCGAAUACACCAAUUUCGAGAAUUACUAAAAUUGCAUCUACCGGCCUUAUCAACACAUCUCGAUGUUUUACAAGUCGAGCCUGCAUACGUUUCUCAGUGGUUCUUAUCAUUUUUUGCCACUACUUGUCCUUUACCGAUGCUUUUUCGAAUCUACGAUGUUAUAUUUGCCGAAGGUGCUUCAGAAACUAUCAUGCGAGUUGCCUUGUCAUUGAUGAGAAAGAAUGAAACCAAAAUUCUGUCUUGUACAGAAUUUGAGGAUGUAAUGCAAUUACUUCUCUCCAGGGGUUUAUGGGAUGUUUAUCAUUACAAUGCCGAUGAAUUUGUCAAUGAUUUUGUUAGUCUGACAGGGAUUGUAACACACGAAAGCCUUCAGAAUUUAGAAGCGGGUUAUCGGGAGUCUCAGAUUGUUGACACUGCUAUUCCAUCCGACGUAGGAUCAGCAGCCUCACGAUUUCUCGGACGAUUAUGGGCUGGUUCAAAUUCCUCAACAAAAUCGGCCAAUCUCACACCUAGUCCAGGGCUUAGCGCGCCAUCACGUCCCGUUAGUUUCUUGAGAAGAUCCCCCUCAAAGCAGAGCUUAGCCUCUACACUCAAUUCUAUAGAAGGGAGCGGAUCUGAAAGUAUGCUUAGCACUUCAACGGAUGCAACCAGCAUUUCUCGUGAUUCAGCAACUGCUGAUGGCGCCUCACUUCGGGCUCAAUCAUUUGCUAGUGUGAGUGCAGCGAAAACUCCAGUCAACAAAGAUAAAAAUCUGCAUAGUCAAAUUGAGGAUCUUUUGAUGGCUCUCAGUGAGAUGCAACGAGAUCAUGCCAUACUUGCUACAGAGUUGCAAAGAGAGAGGGAGGAACGUGAAGAAGAUAGGACUGCUGUGCAGCCGUUGAUUGAUGCAUUAAGGAAGAGGACCAGUGGGGAAGCAGUCGAAAGCUCUGAAAGUGAUGUCAGUGUUGAAACAGUGAAGGGAAUGGAUGUAAUUGCAGAGGAGGUGUGUCUAGAUGGAGUACCCGGAGAUGAGCUGGCGACACCCGACGCUGUUGACGAGUCGGAGAUUAAUGAAGUCACCGCUCUCCCGAUCAUUACCGACGAUAUUUCCAAUCUACUUGAUAUUGUCGAAGAUCGUUUCCAAAACCCCGUCGAGAAUCGGAGAUCUUCCAUGAUGUUGACAAGAUCUCAACUUCGGGAAGAGCUCGAUCGAUCGAAAGAACAGCUCCUCAUCGAGACAUCGAGGUCUCAGGAAUUGAGCAGGCGUAUUGUUGAACAAGACCAAGAAAUCAGUAAUUUGCGAGAUCAAAUCAGGGAGACUCAAGCUCACGUACGAAAUUCACAUCAAGAUAGACAACGAUUGGAGAAACAAGUAUAUGAUUUGCGGAACUCGAGGAAGAGUGCUCAGUCGACACCGGAUGGUUCAAGGGAUCAUGAAAUUGAGUGGGGCGUCAAAAGUGCAACUACAGGAGGACUUCGAGAGUUAAAACUUGUUCGCUCAAAUUCCAAUCGUUCGGUGGCCACAACUUACAAUAAACGAAGUUCAAGCCUUAUAUCUCCGCAGAAUCUCAAAGAGAAUGAAAAUUUCCGCGCUUCUACAUCGUCUGAACAGCAACAUUCUCCCAAGGAAGAAGUAGAUUCCGAUUCAUUGGUUCUUGAACUUGUACAAGCCAAAACCGCCGAAGCGGUUGCUAAACAAGAAGCAGAAGAAGCCAAGCUUAAGUUAGAGAGCUUGAAGAAGAUGUUGGCUGGAUUACAAAAUGGUGAAAUUUCAACUGCGGGUUUUGGCCAUUCGUCAAAACCUAGUCUUGAUAGAUCGGUGACGACUAUACCUGCGAAAAGUAUUGUCCCCAAGAUUGAAACACCAAAUGCGCCAGCCAGUGUGCCAGCUACACCAGCACCAGCUAGCGGUGGUGGAUUCUGGGGUUGGGGAAAGAAAGCUGCUGUUAGUACUGAAGCAAAAUAG